AUGUCAACUUUCAUUUCUGUUCCCACCAUGAAACCAACUCAGAUCCUGCAAGAUAUUCUUGGAAGUUCUUACUCAAGAAGAUUACUUCUUGAUCAGUCACCAAGUCCUGCACCGUCCACAUAUGUAGCUGACAACAACAAAUUUGAUGCAAAUGUUGUUAUGGUCCUAUCAGUACUCUUAUGUGCACUCGUUUGCUCGCUUGGACUCAACUCUAUAAUAAGAUGUGCCUUGAGGUGCUCCAAUUUAGUACCAUCUGAAGCUGGUGACAACCAAGCGGCUCGUUUGACCAACACAGGAGUCAAACGAAAAGCCUUGAAGAGUUUCCAGACAGUAAGUUACUCUGCUGAUUUGAACCUCCCUGGCCUAGACACAGAGUGUGCCAUAUGUCUCUCGGAGUUUGUAUCCGAAGAGCGUGUGAAGCUGCUUCCGACAUGCCACCAUGGAUUCCAUGUCAAGUGUAUUGACAAGUGGCUCAGUGCACACUCUUCUUGUCCCACUUGCAGACACUGCCUCAUCGAGACCUGCCAGAAGAUCGCCGACUGCAGCCAAACAAGCUCGUUAAACCCAACUCAACCACCACCAGACAGCAUCAUCGUGCAAAUAGCACCAUUAGAACCGGAGAGAUGGAUACGGUGUUUCAGGUGA